AUGACGAUAUUCGCCGAGGAGACUGGAGAAAUGGAUACCAGAGAUGUUGGUACUAAAGUGAUUUUCCCAAGUGCUUUCGGACAUCAACGACUGGGGCAACUGCGGAAAGCGCAGAGGACUCAGAGCGACUCCGGAGCGUCAUGGGCCGGAAGAAAAUCCAGCCACCCCUUCGGGGGCAGAGAAUCCAGAACAUCAACCGCCGACAAGUCGGUGUAUUUCGCCUCGGAAACGAACGAUGAUUCAGAGUUCGUUCCAGAGUUCGACUCGGAAGAUGUGCUAGAUGGCGUCCUCGAAAGAGCCUUGGACGGUUUCUCAGACCUUGUGGAGGACGCUUCGGACCUCUCAGACACUCCUGUCCAAAGAUUGGAACAAGAAUACGAACGUGUCAUGCGAGUGACAGUGGAAGAGUUAGAUCUGGAAUCGGCCGUGUACCUGCGAGAAGGGACUGAGCUCUUGGCUCAGUUGAGCGAUCACCUGACUAUGUUUCCAGAGUUAGAAGAAUUGAGCCCGGAAUGUGACAUCGACAAAGCCGACGUCGACGUCCCAGGUGUCACGACCCCAGAGAUGGAGGACAAGAUGCGGAAGAUCUUGAGUUAUCAUCGUUCACCGGCCCCAGCUCGCGAAGUCGUUUGUGACUUCGACGUGGGUGACGCAAUGCCGAUAGCACUGUGUGCUCGGCAGAUCGUCUCCAGAACUUCUCAAGAAGUCCCUAGAGACAGGGUCAUUGAGCAUUCUGAAUCGGAGUGGUCAUCUCUGAUAGUGAUCGUUUUGAAGAAGAAUGGGGAGGACAUCAGAAUACUGGUUAACCAGUUGAUCAAGCUAUCACGAUACCCCCUACCUUUGAUUGACGACUUGCGGACUGAUUUUAAUGCCGCGGCACCGUUCAUGAGUCUGGAUAUGGCGAGCGGUUUCUGGGCGAUUCGCAUGACAGAGCGGGCGAAGCUUUAUCUGCCAUUUGGGCACUUCCAGUGGAUCCGGAUGCCAUUUGGACACAAGAACGCGCCGUUAGUGUAUCAGAAUGUGAUUAAUAGUUGUCUCUGGGGAUUCGUGCGGCUCCGACCCGAGGAAGAAGUCAAGCUGCAUGUCCUAGACACAGGACCGACGAUCGAGAACUCUCGUGGGGAAGGUAGUUUCAGACUUCCGGAGCUGGCGAAGGAGGCGACUGUAUUUAGGCGAAACAUUCCGACACCGGCACAGAUGGGACUGGUCCUGAGCCGAAGCUCUUACAUAGAUGACGGAGCUCAUCGGGCGUCUACCUGGGAUCAACUCUGUGAAGACCUGAACGCUCUGCUGUUCCGACUCCGAUAUUGGAAUACCUCGGUCAGUCUCCCGAAAAGCGAGUUCGGUAAGCAAGCUAUGCCGGCUAUCCCGAAGAUUACCAAGAGCGUUCAAGCCCUACCGUUCCCAUCCACUCUGAACGGCGUUCAAUCAUUCUUAGGAAGUCUGAAUUACUACAACAAGUUUAUCGAGAAUUUACCUGUUGAUGCGGCUGUGCUUUACGAGCUGGAUGAGGACCGCAUUCGCGCCGGAGACGAUUUGGAUAGAGCCAAGGAAGCGUUCAAGAUUCUGAAACGUAAUAUUUCGUCGACUAGGUUGCUACGCCAUCCCGAUUGUACCAAGCCGUUUGCCAUCAUUCCACAUGCGAAUCCCUGGGCAUCCAGUACUGUCCUGGAGCAGGAACAUGAUGGGAUCAUCCAACCAUUCCGCCCACUCAUCUAUGGUUCAGGAAUACCGAUUGUGAUCUAUACUCGGUACUCGGUUCUGAAGUGGUUAUUGAAGUCAAAUUCCGCCGAUGGCCGUAACCUUAAGUGGGGUCUAGAAUUGUCGAAGUGGACUCUGGAACUACGCCGUGUGCAGCGCGAUGAAGAUGGAUUAGCUGCCAUCCUCGGUGCAGAAGUCGCUGAAAACCUGAUCCCGGUUAAGUGGCAAAUCAAAGCACGUAGCCCAAUCAGUGUAGAGAUGCUGGAUUCAGACUUCGAAGAAUAUGUUCUGAGUUUUGAUGGUGCGGCCAAGUCUCGGCGGGGUAACACAGCGCUCAUACUGUUCCAAUGCGCAUUUACGGGGUAUGUGAUGGGGAAAGCCAUGGCAGACACGACUGCUCUGAGAGUGGCCCGGGCUUUUGAGGAGUAUUCAGUGCACCCUCUCUCAUCAGGCAUGACAAAUACUCACGAUUUGUUCACUGAAAUGAUGCAAUUGAGGUCUAGGGCUACGUUGAGUUACCGGCCCCAAGCCAACAGCCAACAAGAGCCCUCGGUCAAGACCUGUGUGUACGCGGAUGACCCACUGGAACAGGACUGGGACAAGAUCGCCGAAAAGCUGAUCUUCGUGAACAACAACUCGAUGGAUACAAAGAGGAAAGAGAAACCUUUUUUCUUCGCCCAUGGGUGGGAUGCUCAGUCUACGCUUAAGGCGAUGUCCUCGUCCCUCAAACGAGGACACGGGCGACAGUCGGACGCACUGGCGUGGCGUUGA